AUGUCGAACUUGGUAUCGAAAAUUGAAAAUCUUUUAUUAAACGGACCUUUAGAUGCAGUUUGUGGUGCAAACAUUGUUUAUCUGGCAAUGAAUGGCAACCAUUUGGGUAGAUAUGAAGACAUCAGAACUUUGGCAGAUCGUGCGGUAAGCUCAGCAUUGACGAAAAUAACCAAUACAGAGCGAAGAACAAAAAUCUUGGAGGUUCUACCAGAGCUGAAGGUUGGGGAGUGCCGGCCUGGAAGAGCAAUGUCGUCAGAUGUUGAAGGUUUCUGCUCCUCCCUAGCUGUAUUUUGUGAUCACAAAUCUAAUAUACCGGUAUAUCUUAUAUCUUCUGUAGAUGAUGAUUGGGAUAGGGAAUUGCCCGAAGACCAUUCAAGAGAGCAAAUAGAACGAAAUCUUAACAUCUUGAAAUCCAAGCUCGAGAACCCUGUGUUGGAACGUGAUGCGGACCUUUAUGGCACUCUCAGGACAAAUUUGGACAAUAUUGACCAAUCGGAGCUCUCGUGGAAGGAUCCAGAAGCAAGCAUGGCUUAA